ACAUCUGCAUAAUACUGGAAAAGACAACUUGGAGACGCUAUGUUUUCGUAUCCAGUUUACUAAAUUUGCGUAGUGUAACAGUACAGUUGAUUUCGGCAUUCGCCUCUAGGGGGUGCUUUAUCUUAAACAGAAGGCAUUUUACGAUAACAAUCGGUCAACAAUUUGUUUUUGCAAUAAUAAGAGGGGAAUUGGAGCUCGAGAAGGCGGCGUGAGUGUCAGUCCUCUCACAGAGUCCAUGACAGAAACAAACCGCCCCCGCCCACUCAGAGUCCGUGCGGCCCCGUUUUAGAUGCAACUCCAAAUACGUAAAAAAAAAAGAAACCUCCAUGUUGCACGGGGAAUGCAGGGCUAGCACAGACUGCUACAACUCGCUAAUUUUACAACGUCUUGCUCUCUUUUUUUUGACGAAAAUAACUCAGCAACAGACUGUUUUCGACACCGCAGCAGACACGAAUGCUUGCACACCAUUUUUUAUGGGGGGGUUGAUCGGAGAUUCACGGCUAACCCGCUAACCACAAGGCUCGUUGUUAACUUCUGCUCGGGGGGAUUCACUGUCGUUUUGUUUGUCUUUUCAGCGGCUCGCUAUCGAAGUUAUCCGCCAAAAGAAUGUUAUUUUGCAUGGAGUUAUAGAUGACAUUCCUUAAGCGGCUUUUAUUGACUACCGAGCUAGCUGGCUGGCUACCACCGCUGCCACAACGCUUCGCUUGGGACGCUUGUGUGUCUUUUGUGGGCGACCCGAUCUCCCUCGGCUUUAACAGCUUGCUAGCGUUAGCUCGUAUCCCCGAGCAAUCGGGUUAAUAUUGCAGCAGUUUCAAAGCCGAAUAACAAUGGACCACAUGUCCAUAAUAACCCAAGUUGCCAACCCCAAGGAGGAGGAAAUACUAUCCUUCAACCAAGAAAAAGCAUCUCAGUCCAACAGUGGUCUAAAGAAGCAGAGGAGCCGGAGCAUCUUCAGCACAUUCUUUUGCUGCUUCCGCAACUACAAUGUGGAGCCGCCCGUGACCAACAGCAGCACAGCACCCCUGCCUCCACCUCCGCCAGAGGAGAAUGGAUCACCACCAAAGUGUGACCAGAUCGAGGUCCUCCCUGUCCCUAGUCCACCAGCCAAAUACCUCUUACCAGAGAUGAAAAUAUCGGACUACGGUAAAAAGUGUGUUGUGAUCGACUUGGAUGAAACGCUAGUUCACAGCUCAUUUAAGCCAAUCAGCAAUGCAGAUUUUAUUGUUCCAGUGGAGAUCGAUGGCACUGUUCAUCAGGUUUAUGUACUGAAACGACCCCAUGUGGACCAGUUUCUUCAAAAGAUGGGAGAGCUGUUUGAAUGUGUGCUUUUCACAGCCAGUCUUGCUAAGUACGCGGAUCCUGUGGCAGACCUAUUGGACCAGUGGGGCGUGUUCAGAGCCCGACUCUUCAGAGAGUCCUGUGUGUUCCACAGAGGGAACUAUGUAAAGGACCUCAGCCGGCUGGGUCGAGAGCUCAGCAACGUCAUCAUUGUUGACAACUCACCCGCAUCAUACAUUUUUCACCCAGAAAAUGCUGUCCCAGUCCAGUCAUGGUUUGACGACAUGAAUGACACGGAAUUACUGGACUUGCUGCCUUUCUUUGAGGGACUCAGCAAAGAAGACGAGGUUUACGGUGUCCUCCAGAAUCUGCGAGGCAGGUAGCAGGACCCAGAGAAACUGUGCUCUCCAGUCUCCACCUUCGACCUAUGCUCCCCUAUUCAACUUUCUCCCUCGAGUACGUCUGACUGAGGUGCUGUGGAGUCCCAGGAUUCUGUUCCCCCCAACACUGCUCUCAUCUCCUGAUGACUGGAUGCCUUCAGAGUGCCAUCCUAAAUGAUAAGAAAUAUACUUAAUACCCCAGGAGCACUGUUUAACAUAAAAAAACGAAGCUAUGAAGUUGCCAUCAUUGGGGACAAAAAGCUAAGAGGAAUGAACUCUGGUCUUUAUUUUCAAACCAACAAAGUUUUACUAUUUGGUUAAGUGCUUCAAACCAAAAAAAAAAAAAAAAAAACCUGUCUGAAACUUCUCAUGUGGUACUGCACAAAGGUCAAAAAGAUUUUUUUUUUUUUUUUUUUGUCCUUGUUGCUAUGCAGGCAGUUUGGGGUCAUGAAAAGGACUAGACUUUUCGUACUGAAAAAAAGUGCCUUGUGUGAGUGUUUUUACGAUGGGGAACUACAAUAUUUUCUACAUGGCAAAAUCCCUGAGUACUCCAGUCUUCACACUUAUGCUUACAAGUGGACACAGAAGUAUCUUGAUCACAUUUUUCCCGUUUUUUGAUCAAACAUUUUCUUGGUGUUCUUUUGCUUCUUUUUGAAUGCCCGUGCCAUUACAUAGAUGUGACUUUGUUUCUGCUUUUGUUGUACUACAUAGUUGAUUUGUUUUAGGCGAAGUUUGCAUCUGUGUACCUUAUUACCCCAGCUUCAAGUUUCCUUUUUUUGUGGUUUUAAUCUUGAAACUUCAGAUAAAAUGUGCCAUUUAUUCUUUUGGUUGCUCCCCAUUUAUUAGUUGCCAAACUAUGAACUACUUUUUAAUGGGCUUAUGUUAAACAGGUGUUCAUCUAAUAGUUAGUAUUGCAUUAUAGUUUUUAUUCAUUUUAAUAGCUGACAAAUGAAUACUUAUUGCGUUGAAUAUUGUAUUGUUUGUGAUAGUUUUGUGCUUGUCAAUGUUAGCAUUUAGCCCACAUUUGAAUACUUAUUUUGCACAACGGUGCAGCUUCAUCCAUAGGGCAAUGUUUUUUUGUUUUUGUUUUUUUCCCUCCUCGGAAUUGUACACAGUUGGGUCAAGUGCCAUACUUCUACCCCCCCAGUUUCUCUCGUGUCACCCUGGACUGAUCACACCCUUUUCUUCCUGGUCAAGUUUGUGAAAUUGGGGCCUAGCACGUCACUAGUUGAGGUGUGUGUGUGUAUGUGUUUUUCUGUGUGUGUGGUGUUUACCUUCAGAGACUCUUUUGAAUUGCUCUUCACCUCAGUGCCUGUUUGAGAGGAGCCACACAAACUGAAUGCCGCAACAUUUGCUACUAGGGCAAUAACUUUUUUUUUUUUUUUAAAUAUGGGAGGGGGCAAAUUUGGGGUGUAAAUGGUUAUCCCAAAUUGCCUUCACAACACCCUGUACUAGUUUGGUUGGGCUGACCCAUGCAACUCUCACAAUGCUGUUCAGGUAUCAUGAACAAGUUUUCAUUUAACUGUGUGGUUGUACCUUUAAAUUUAGAAUUGGGGGGUGGAGUUCCCACAAUAUUACAGAAAGGGUUUGUCCUGUUGUCGCAACAGCAGCCAGUCAUUAAUUGCUAUAGUAAACACCCUUCCAAACUUUAACGAUGGCUGCCUGGGUCAUGACCUCAAAACAUCCCACAUGAAUCUUUAAGGUGAAAGACUGCUGCUGCUCCUCCAGACAUUUUUCUCUUUUGCAACAGCAUUUGACCUGUGAUGCCAGUGAGUGUUUGGUUCAAGAUGGUUUCAGUGCAAUGUCCUUUUUAUAAGACUUCUCAACCCGCAGACAAUUUAAUUGCUCUGAAAAAUGUUUGUAUUAUUGUGAUAUUUUUCUACUUUUUAUUGUCAGUAUUCGGUUGAAAAAGUUGCAUCGUAUUCGUAAUCCCCUCAAGCACCCCCGACUCUGCCUCAACCUUAUUUGAUCUUUCUUGCCUGUGGUGAGACUUCUCAGUCAGGUCUUUUCUUUCCUAUUCAGGGGACGUGUGCGCGCGCAUGUGAGCUUACUGGUUUUCUUUUGGGCAUCAACCUCACUUAAAAAAAAAAAAAAAAAAUCAUCAGCAGUUGGUUUAUGAAUUUAACACCAAAGUUCUAAAACACUUCACUGUGCUUAUGUUCUUUGGUUGGUGUAGUUUUUACAGGGAUGGUUGACUUCUCACUUUGUUUAAACACUUCAGCUUUUGGUGGAUAAGAGUGUGUAUUGUCAGUCAACCUGAGCAGUUUUUUUUCUUUCCAUAAUAAAAUGCUUCAUUGAAACAACUUUCCAAGUCUGAAUGUUGACAAUCAGUAGGAGUUCCUCUUAAACUCUGUGAGUCUUGUAAUUAGAUCUCAUUUACAUUCCAAACCAGCAAUUCGUUUACAACUCUCAAGUAAUGAGUGGGACAAAGUACUGACUUGUGUAGUGAUCACUUAAAAGUACUGCAUCACCUAAUCCAGUAUCAAUAUCGUUUCAUGAAAAUUUUGACAUUUUGGUAUGUAAAUGUAUGGACCUGUACUACGUUCACAACAGUUGAAGUUGUACCAAAGCGGCGUAUCCUAA